AUGAGCGAGUUCGGUGAAAUUGUGGCGCCGUUCAAGAAGAACUGUUUUUUUACAAGAGAAGAAACAGAAGAAGGACUGCCUCCAGUUCUCAAGUCAGAGUGCAGCAAGAAAGAAACAUACAUAAUAGCAACCCAGGAGAGCGAUAUUCCCUGCACGUACGCACUGGCCAGCAGCAGCGCCCGAUCAGAGCAGCCGGUGAGCAUAAACGGAGAGACGAUGUAUGUAAAGCCCGUGCACUAUUUCAAGGCCAAAACGUUCUUCAAAAAAGAUAUAAAAGAGAUAGAGAACAGUACAGACUUUAAAAAUGUGUUCGAGCUCACAAUGAUGUUUGGAAAUGCUGCAUUCUUGAGAAAGUACAACAAAUCGAAGAGAUUCAGAGAAGUAACUGAUAACCUGGAAAGCAAAACAGAAACGCUUUUGCAGACAAUAGCCCCGCAGGAGCACAGCAGAAAAGACGAGGAAAAUAUUUUGAUGGAGCCUAUGUUCCCAGAAAAAGCUGAAAAUGUGCAAAAUCCAAAAGACAUAUACAGCAUCCGAAACAUUGUGGGAUUCGAUCCGUAUGAGCUGGCAGAAGAGGUAGCAUCGAGCAUGCGCAGCAAAGAGAUAGAAGUGUGCCCACUCACAGCUGCAAUAAUCGAAAGAGGCACUAUCAAUUACGAAAAAGACCUAGACAACUGCAUAUGGGCUGUUUUGUUCGAUAGCAUCUGCAAGAUAUUCCAAGCCAACAAAAAAAAGACACUGGGGCAUCUGUUUGAGACAGAGGCACCCAUGCAGUCUGCCUUUAUCAAGAAGCUGAUAAAGCACUUCAUGCCUCCCUUUCCAUCCAUCAAUGCCAAGCUCAGAAUGGACAAGCAAACAACGGACAGACUUUUGGCAAGAAUUAUCAUACUUAUACUCAUAAAGAAAAACUGCAUUCUUGAGAUACAAAAGUAUACACCGUGUUUCUUUGGCUGUCCCUUCAACUCGCUUAACAAGCUCCUCACAGGACUGGGGUGUGUCAAGGCAGCUGCGCUUAAAAUGUCUGCAGCGCCUCUGACAUAUGUACUGACUUUCCCAAAAAGCCAUCCAUCACACAAAAAAACAGUUACAGAAACAUCUGAAUUUGUAGACCAGAACAGCCAAGCAACAAACUAG